UCGCCCACCUUGGUCCACUACACAUACUCUUAACCAUGGUUACUGCUCCCUGCUUUAUUUUCUUCUUCUUCUUCCAUAUAUUUCUUUGUGGCAGUCUUCUCCUCGAUGCUUUGCUCUCUCACUAAUCGCUAUCACCCACACACCCACUCCCCUGGGUAGGUUAGCUACGUCUCUUUUCUAAAUCUAUUUUGAAGCGUUAUGAUACUUGUGUGUAUAUGAGAAUGGGUGGAAUGAACAUACAAAAAGAAAAGGAAAGAUAGCUUCUGAGCUUUUAGGAAUUGUUUAUUCUAUUUGUGCUCCAAUGAAAUUGAAAGCCUGUAUUUAUUGCUUAUUAUGUCAUUUUAUGCUAUAUAGAUGAGACCGGGGGGCUGCUUUAAUUAAUAGCGUCGCUCCCCGACCCUGGAUUCUGGUCAAAGAUUUUGGUCUUCUUGCUUUUUGCUUCUUGAGUUGGGGGGAGGGGGCGUAUGAGAGAGAGAGAGAGAGAGGAAACACCGAGGGUUUUGCGAAAAGAAAUAUCUGCUGUAUUGCCGCGCUUCUUUCCUUUGCUUUCUUUUUCUUAGUUUUUUGGAAUCUAUAGAGGGACUCUGGUGUUACGGAUUUGAUUUUGAUGAUAUUAGAAGACUGAUGAUCUAGGAAUCAGAAAUAGCGAGUGGGGCAUAGAAAUAUUGGAGCUUUGGGCGUGUUAUUGAUAAGAGAGAAAAAAUUUAUGGUUAUGGGUAAGAAAAAGCCACAAAAAACGAAAGAACUAUCGGUAGCAAUAGCUGAAGCUUCGUCGACGGGAGAUGACACCCAGCAGCCUCAGACUCAGCAACAAAAUCAACCUCAGACCCCUCGAAAAAGAGGUAGGCCUCGGAAGAUCACCGAGAAAACUGAAAUAAGCAAAGAAGAAAUUGUAGAACAAGCAGGAAGUAGAGCUGAAGUUUCAGAAAGCUCGUCGAAGAAAGGCAAAAUCGGCGUGGGAGAAGAACAGGAACAGCAACAACGUUAUGCGCAGCAGCAAGAGGGAUCAUCAUCGGCAUGCACACAGUUCUCAAAGGACCCAAAAAGCGAGCCUUCGAGAAGCAGAGCUAGGCGGAAAAGCAAACCCAGAAAGAGCAGUUAAUACCACUACUCACAAUCAUCCUCCUUUCCUUCCUUCUAUUGAAAAAAAAAAAAAAGGAACAGUUAUUGUGUUUCUUGGUUGGCCUUGGGUUUUCAACGAUUGGUAUUGGAAAAAAAUGACAAGUUUCAGGAAGCGCAGGUAUCAAAGAAAUCACUUUGCGUGCGUGAUAGCUCAUGAGUUUAAUCGUAUUUGUUAUCCGAACGCGGGCAGAAAGAAAGAUAAGAUUACUAGUCUGUGUUAAUUUGCUGCUGAAAGUAGCAGUUGUGUGUUAUCAUGUUGAUAUUUUCUGCUAUCACGAUUCUCUCAAUCUGAUUGCUUGCCACUGUUACGUUGCGCGUGGUAAAUGGAUUUUUUUCCUCAA